GGCUGUUGCCAUGGCAGUGGCCAGGCGCGUUGCUGGGCGGAGGGAAGAUGGCGGUGACCAGCUGGCUGGAGAUUUUGCGGUCGGCCGAGAAGACGGCACUGCUGCAGGAUGGGAAGAGGAUGGUGCACUAUUUGUUCCCAGACGGGAAGGAAAUGGCGGAAGAAUAUGAUGAGAAGACCAGUGAACUCCUUGUGAGGAAGUGGCGUGUGAAAAAUGCCCUGGGAGCCUUGGGCCAGUGGCAGCUUGAAGUGGGAGAGCCGGUGUCCUCAGGAGCUGGGAGCCCGGGAUCCGAGCUCAUCAAGGAAAGUAAUGCCAACCCCAUCUUCAUGCGCAAGGACACCAAAACCAGUUUCCAGUGGCGGAUUCGAAAUCUCCCCUACCCAAAGGAUGUGUAUAGUGUGUCUGUGGCCCAGAAGGAGCGCUGCGUCAUUGUUAGAACGACAAACAAAAAAUACUACAAGAAGUUCCCCAUCCCUGACUUAGACAGACACCAGCUUCCUCUGGAGGAUUCUGCCCUGAGCUUCGCACACGCCAACUGCACCCUGAUAAUCUCUUAUCAGAAGCCAAAGGAGGUCAUAGCGGCCGAGUCAGAGCUACAGAAGGAGUUAAAGAAGGUAAAGACGGCCCACAGCAGUGAUGGGGACUGUAAGACGCAGUAGCUGUCCUGAGCCUUGCACCUCCAGUGUGGAGGAAACUGUGAGACUCCGGGCUUGGACUUUCUGUCCUGGGCAGUCUCUUCUCUUCUAAGAGCUACAGAGACGACGGAGCUGGCUCUCGGGGCACAGCUUGCUUCCACCUGUGAUUUUGUUCCCGAGUAAAGUUAUUUGCAGUUGCUCUAGAA